UUUUUUUUUUUUAAUUUGAAUUCAUUAGUAUUUCCAUUUCUCCAGGAAAGCAAAGGAAAAAAAAGAAAGGCCAAUAAAAAAGAGAGAAAAUUAAGAGGGAUAGAGGGUUUAUGCAAUGUAACGAACCAAGGCCUAAUUGAAUCCAAUAUUGAUGCUCCCCCUUCCCUUUCUUGUAGCUCCGGUUCGUAUCUUGCUCUGCAAAUUCUCAAAUUUUAACCAUUUUUUUACCUCCGAAGCCAAACAAAGCAUAAAGACGAAAGGCAGGGAGAGAAAAAGGGAAGCGAUGAUAACGCGAUCGAAUUUAGCAGAGCAGUUGAGAGAGUAUCAGAUUCGAUCUAAGCACGAUUGGGCCUCCGUUUCGUUUUUCUCAUCCACGUCUAAUCUCACAUCUUCUAGGGUGGAUGUUGUGGUCUUUGUUAUAUGGGAACUCAUUAUUUUAGCUUUCCUGGUUUUCUCAGCUGUUUCUUUAUAUUUUAGGCAUAUGCAACUUGCCUUUAUUCUAAUAUGCAUCACAAUGCUAUCGCUUCUCUGCAUGAAAAUCACAAAGCAAGUGAGAUUGGCUGGGAAAAAGAAAAGAAGGAUGCUUCUUCCAUUAUCUAUGUAGAACUACAUGAAGCUUGAAUUUGUUUAAAAGGGACUAACAUUGAUGUGUAAAUUUGAGAUUUAUUGAUCAUUAUAUUUGGUCUACACUUGCUCUGGUCUACUGAAAUAAGUAAUUGUGCCUGAAGCAAGCUGAUGAAGGAAUAUACUUUGAUUUGGUCACCUCAAAAGUCGGUGAACCAUGGCAAGUCUAGUGAUUUGAGAUGGAAAGUUGGGAUGUUUUAAUUGAACUAGUAGCAGUUAAUUUUAAGGUAUGAUGUCUUUCUCACUACCUUUGUGCCGUAUGCAUGGCUCUGGGAUACUAUAUUGGGAAUGUAGUGAACAAUAUUUGCUUUCAUUUGUAAUUUGCUUAGACUUGGUUGUAGUUUAAAAGACAUUAGAGGAUAGAAAUGGGCACUGUGAGUGAUUGAAACAUUUUUGCAUGUAUGGUGUACCCAUAUAGCUGAUUUGCAACAAUAAUAUAUGCCAUUUACAGUUUCCCGGUU